AUAAAGGAUCAUAGCGGACGCAUUGCCAAAUCUGAGUGAGCAUAUUGCGAUGAAAAGAGAUGUUUCUAUGUCGCGCACAACGUUAUCGAAGAAGGUGGAUGUGGGGCCAAGGCUUGGCUGGGUCGCACCAGGCAGGAGCAACAAUCUAGUAUGAUUGUACACCGAGAUGCACCGAGUUAAGCUACAUUAGAGUUGUUCCUUCAUUUGAGAAAGGCCGCAACGGUCAUUGCGCCGAGGGUCUUGGUUCAGGAAGAGAUGGUUUAAAGUGUCGAGUGUAAGACCCCUAAUACCUUCCCCACUGACUAUCAAACACUCUCCUUCAUCCUUCCCUUCACAUAGAUUUCAGUAUGGCACCUUCCGAAAUGUACAAGCACGGUCUACUUGGGCUUUUGUGCCUUGCACCCGCGCUGGUACAGGGCCAGAGCAGCAAAGUCGACGCCGUCCAGACUUGCCUCGAAGGUGGAGGUGUACAUGCUACAGUAUCAACAGAUGAUACCUGGACAAACGACACGGCCGCCUUCCAGUUCCGACUCCCGCGCGAGCCUGUCUCCAUUGCCUUCCCUCAAGACAAGGAGGAGGUUGCCUUGGCCCUGGGAUGCGCACGCAACUCAUCCGUCAAAGUAUCAGUGGUUGGUCGUGGACAUUCUUUCCAGGGCUACAGCUUCGGUAACCCCGGCAAUCUUGUCAUCAGCAUGGAAGCCUUCACCCAGCUGAGCUUUGACAACUCCACAAACCAAUUGACGUUUGGCGGAGGAGCAAACGUCGGACCUGCUUCCAAGUAUGUCAACGACAACUUCAACCGUCACUUCCCGCACGUGAGAGGUUCCCACGUCGGUCUCAUGGGCAGUUCUUUUGGAGGAGGUUUCGGCACAACGAGCAGGCUUCUCGGCAUCCCAUCAGACAACCUUGUCUCAGUUGAGUACAUGCUGUACAAUGGAACAGUUGUCACAGCCGGCCCUGGCUCGGACCUCCUCUGGGCAGCUCAGGGCGCCGGACCUAACUUUGGCGUCGCUUUGUCUGCUACCACAAAGACAUUCGCGUUUCCCUACAACGGUGCCGUGAGCUACAGCCUUGCUCUUGGCGAUGUCAGCACUGAGGCUGCUUCGGCUGCCCUUGUGGCCAUCCAGAAGUGGGUUCAGAGCGGAAAGGCGCCAGACAAGAUGUCCCUGCGCUUCAGCAUUGCCAACUUUGCAUCCGCUGGCUUCUUCUACGGAUCAGAGGCUGAGUUCGACACCACCUUUGCGCCUCUUGUCGAGUCUAUCCGAUCUAUCGCCCCUACGGUCAACCUGACCAAGACUGUACUCCCCACUUUCUGGGAUUCUGAAGUCGCUGGUACCGGCGCUGGAAUGAACUCGCCUACCGGAGGUGCACUUGGCGGUCGUGCUUCGCUGGUCCAGUCAUGGGUUACAACGAAUGACCACCCAUUGUCCACUAAGCAAGCGAAGACGCUGUUCGACAACUACCGUGGUCUUAACCGCACUGAUCUCUCCGGCUCCGGCUUCCUUGAUCUCUGGGGUGGCGUCAGUCGCGAUAUUGCUGACAGCGACCACGCGUUUGCGCACGGCAACAACCUCUGGCUGAUUCGUGUCGAUGGUGUUUCCCGCACAACUGUCUGGCCCAGCGAUGGCGUCGCAUACAUGCAAAACCUGCUCAAGCCUUUCGGAGACUCUCUGAAGAAGUCGGCCCCUCUCCGUAGCUUCGUCAACUACGUCGACUCGGAGCUGAGUGUCAAGGAGUGGAGCCAGAGACUGUACGGCGCCAACUAUGCAAGGCUUCGCAAGAUCAAGGGCGCUGUUGACCCCACAAGCCUGUUCUCCGGAUAUGGCCUUGCCGUCACACCUUCCCGCUAGUCUACCCAGACCUUCAAUCCUUCAUUCCCAUUGACCUUCUAUGGGACCUUCCUGUAAAUAAAUUUCCAGACAAUAUAGAAAUUGGCCAAAAUCAGUCCUCGAACCUUACAAAAUCUAUACCAGUGCUUCGUAUGUGUCUGUAAAAUUG